CCUGGAAAAAUCCCUACCCUUCAACACCCGCCCGCCCCCCUCGCACUGACCACGCCUUAUUUAAUGUUUGUCAAUUCAAGCGCGCCGCCACGCAUUGGCGGCCAGCUGGUGGCCCCCGUGGUGGCUGGCGCGGCGCAAGCUCCGAGCGUAUCAUGGCCACCGCUAGCACCAGCGCCGGCGCCAAAGCCACCACCACAACCGCCAACGACGACAACGACAAGCACGACCACGACGUCCGUCGCGUCGCGCGCGCGGGUUUCGACGCCAACGCCCGCACCGGGAGACCGGUUUGCGCCGCCGGGUAAUGGCAACGGCCCCCACCAGAGGAAUCAUCACCACACCCACAACCACAACCAUCAUCAUCACACCCACCACCAUCAGUCAAAACUAGGCGUCUCGGGUCAUGGCGGCGCCGGUGCGGGACCUCGGACGAGCAGCGACAGCCAGAUGCUCCGGACGGCCACGGCGGCGCUAGGGAUGCUAAAUUCCGAAGUGCGACCCAGCCCGGAAAUGUUGUCGUUCCACGAAGAUCUCUUGGACGCCGCCACUCGUGCGUGGAAUGCUGGCUAUCACUCCAGCAUCCCCACAUUUGCUGUCGCUGUGCGGCCUUUGAUACUGGAUGUUGCCGAUUUGCAUCGCGACAAACAUGGUUUGCACUUGGACGGUGCAUAUGUCGAAAAAGUGACAUGUGCAAUCCAGCUCAAGUUUCUAGCUGCUGAUGCCGAUAGUCCUAAACUUCCUCCCCUCAACCUCAGGAGUGACGCUUUGGGCCAUCCUGACUCCCAGGCCCGUGUCUUAACACCUGGUUUGAACCCUCCCAUCCUUGCACCCUUGAGAUCGACGCAUGUCGAGCCUGGUCGUGAAAGUCGCCCGCCUUCUCAGCCCCAACUACCGCAGCACCAACCACAACACCCAGCGCAACCACCACCGCAACCGCAGAAACCCCAGUUUCAAGCACAAUCACCAUCACAAACACAAGACCCCGCCUCCAACUCUGCACCUCCAAAGCGUCGACGCCCACUCCCAACCGCUUCCUCUCUUAGCAUCCACGCCGCCUCGUCGGCAGCCGCCAACACGGCAGAUGAUCAAUCCCAGUCUGCAGCACGGAAACGCCGUCGCCGUCGCAAUGAUACCGUCGACCCGAACGGCUAUCGAAAUGCCGGCGGGUACGGCGAGCUUACGUCCUCGGGCUACGGCUAUGGUUACACCGGUGAGGUUAAAUGCACCGAGGCCGAUUGCGACUGGACCGCCGUAACCACUUCGAUGCGUAUGGGGCUGCGCCUUAAUGACCACCUCUUGCGCUCACACGGCAUCGAGAACACCCCGAUCCGUUUGCGACCGAGCUACAUCCGCCGCAUGCCCAAGUCCCACGCCGCGAUGCGCGUCGCCAUCGAGCGCCCGCUGUACCGCACUGCGCGGGACAACCUGGUGCGCGUUGCCGACCAGCUCGCCAAGGAACGGCCCCAGUGGACCUGCCCCGAAUCUGUGGAGCUGCUGCGCGACGAGUGGGCCAUAGAGGUGCACCGCGGCACGUCCGAGGACGUGAACCGCAUGAUCGGACGAGACCUGCGCGAGGAGCUGGUUCGGCUCCGCGUUGGUGAGCACCUCAGAGCUGCCGUCAAGGCCGUCGAGGCGGAAAACGCAAGAGUCGGCAUCUCCAAGCCCGGCGUCUAUGAGGCCUGGUACGCGGAGCACUUUAGGCCUUGGCAAGCGGCCAAUGAGGAGGACGUCGAGGCCGCGAAGAAGGCAGAGGAAGAGGAGCGCAAGGGCCGGGCCGCAGAGGAGGAGGAACGCAAGGGAGGCCGCGGCGCCGAGGUCGAGUGCAAGGAGGAGGAUGAAGAGGACGACGAGGAUGAAGAAGAUGCGAACGAACCCGAGAUCAAGCGACAACCUGAUGAUGAUAAUGAGGGAUGACGUGUGCGCAGCGAUGAGUAUCGAAACCCAUUGUUUUGGCGUUACCUGGAGCCAGCCUGUUUUGCAUAUAUAUCUAUCUGCUGAUGCAUUUUGUUGAUUUUAUCUUCUUUUCGUCUCCUUUGUUGCAUUCUCCUUGAUUGACGAUAUAUACGAGCGUACAUAGGCGGAUUCUGCCAUGAUAAUCCAAUUCAUUAAUUC